AUGGACGUGCUGCUCUGGGUGCCCUACGAUGACCCAACUACCCUUUAUUACGACCUGGGUGAUCCCGGUAUAUACGGGAUAGCGGAUGCUGGAGGGCCUACAAUUCCCAGGACUCGCAUUGAGAGGACGCUCUACCUCUGUCUGAUGAGUUUUCGCACCUUUAUUCGUGAUCAAGCGUGGCGGAAUGCCGCACAAGACAGUCUACCGAAAUGGCGCACGAGUUAUGAUAGCGAUCGCUCCCAGAUCGUAGUAGUGGAUUUACCUCUGGAUGAUGCUAGCUCCGAUUUUGCUAGUCCUGAGCAGACGACCUCUGAAUAUCUCACGUUAUUGUCUCCUAUCACCGGGCCUCGAGCGACCACACGAGCGGCCGCUAGCUGCGCGCCACUAUCCGACCAACAUCCUCGAGGGGAUACUUCUGAUUCUGAGGCUGAUCCUGCCGCGCCUGCUGGACAGAAGCGGAGGUUCAGCCUGAUCACAUCGUCCCCUCCAACCCAACGGCCCGCAUCCCGCGCAGAUCGCCAUGGGAACCAGAGCGGGCGAUCUCGCUCCCAUGAUGCUCCAUUUUGCACACAAAGGUGCCUUCGCGGGCUACAGCAAGGCGGCCCUGUUGAUCCUGCGUGCCCCAAUACGGGCCUACAUAUACUUGGCAGAACGGAGGACCGCCAUCCGAUCAGCGCAGUUGACUUGGUGAAGAUGCUUAAGGCACAGCUCGAUCAAGAUCUAGACCAUAACUGCACUCCCAUGGGCCCUUGUGGGUCUUGUGGGAAGUCCGGCGCACCGUUUAGGAUUAUAUGUUCCACCCUCGGAUAUACUGUUGUCGGGAAAGGGACGACUCCGAAACGCUGGCGUAUGGUCUCACGCGAAGCCGAGGCCUACGGGGUCCUCAAGGAUGCCCAAGGAUCGGCUGUUCCCGUCUUUCUCGGGGCGAUCAAUUUGGCCCAAACCUACUUCCUCCACGGCGCGGGAAGGAUCCGUCAUAUGCUUCUGAUGGGCUGA